AUGACCAUGGAUAAAAGUGAGCUGGUACAGAAAGCCAAACUUGCUGAGCAGGCUGAGUGCUAUGAUGACACGGCUACAGCCAUGAAGGCAGUCACAGAACAGGGGCACAAACUCUCCAAUGAGAGAAACCUGCUCUCUGUUGCCUACAAGAAUGUGGUAGGCGCCCGCCGUUCUUCCUGGCGUGUCAUCUCCAACAUUGAACAGAAAACAGAGAGGAAUGAGAAGAAGCAACAGAUGGGCAAAGAGUACUGUGAGAAGAUUGAGGCGGAACUACAGGACGUCUGCAAUGAUGUUCUGGAGCUGUUGGACAAAUAUCUUAUUCCCAAUGCUACCCAACCAGAAAGUAAGGUGUUCUACUUGAAAAUGAAGGGAGAUUAUUUUAGGUAUCUUUCUGAGGUGGCAUCUGGAGACAAUAAGCAAACCACUGUGUCGAACUCCCAGCAGGCUUACCAGGAAGCAUUUGAAAUUAGUAAGAAAGAAAUGCAGCCUACACACCCAAUUCGACUUGGUCUGGCACUUAACUUCUCCGUCUUCUACUAUGAGAUUCUUAACUCCCCUGAAAAGGCCUGCAGCCUGGCAAAAACGGCAUUUGAUGAAGUGAUUGCUGAGUUGGAUACGUUGAAUGAAGAGUCUUAUAAAGAUAGCACCCUGAUCAUGCAGUUGCUUAGGGACAAUCUCACGCUGUGGACAUCGGAAAACCAGGGAGAUGAAGGAGAUGCUGGGGAGGGAGAGAACUAAUGUCUAUUGUGCUUCGUGAUCUGUUCAGUAUCACUCUGUACCCUCCACAUAUAUCCCUUUGUGCGAU